AAACCCAAAUGUUUUACGGCAAGCAUGAGGGAAGCUUGUUAGCCGGAAAAAUAGCAGCUGAAGUUUACGUUCCCUGUUAUUUCCUUAGCUUGAAAAACAUUUUUACUUUUAGGGUUUUAACCUUGAGACAUGGAUGUUGGAGAGCUCCUGAGCUAUCAGCCUGAUAGAGGAGCAAAGCGUCCCAGGGUAGAAGAUGGAGGUGCAACGGGAGGAGAGGAGGACUCUAGAGGAGGGAAGCAACAGAAAGGACUGGGUGCCAGGGAGUUAGCCAGAUACCGGGAAGCAUCAGCAGGGGUGGGACUGGAAGGAAGUGAGAUGAGGGAGACUGAAGAUCUGACAAUGGACAAAAAAAAGAUCUUGGAGAAACUGAUGGACCAGGAUGAAGAUGAACCCGAGGCAGAGCCAGUGGAUGAGAGUUCAGUGAAGAAAAUGAUCCUGACCUUUGAGAAAAGGUCGUACAAAAAUCAGGAACUGAGGAUUAAGUUUCCGGACAACCCAGAGAAGUUCAUGGAGUCUGAGUUGGAUCUGAACGACAUUAUCCAGGAAAUGCAUGUGAUUGCCACAAUGCCAGAUCUCUACCACCUGCUGGUGGAGCUUAAUGCCGUCCACUCACUGCUGGGCCUCCUCAGUCAUGAAAACACUGAUGUCGCCAUAGCAGUGGUGGACCUGCUGCAGGAGCUGACGGAUAUCGAUACACUCCACGAGAGCGAGGAGGGUGCUGAGAUACUCAUAGAUGCUCUGUUGGAGGGUCAGGUGGUGGCCUUGCUGGUGCAGAAUAUGGAGCGGCUUGAUGAACAGGUGAAAGAGGAGGCUGAUGGCACCUAUAACACGCUGGCUAUCAUAGAAAAUGUGGCAGAGUUCAGACCAGGCCUGUGCACCGAGGCAGCUCAGCAGGGACUCAUGCAGUGGUUGCUCAAGAGAAUCAAGGCAAAGAUGCCCUUUGAUGCUAACAAGCUGUACUGCUCUGAAAUUCUGGCUAUCUUGCUUCAAAAUAAUGACAAUACAAGAGAACUACUGGGAGAGAUGGAUGGCAUUGAUGUGUUACUGCAGCAACUAUCUGUGUUCAAACGUCACAACCCGUCCACAGCCGAGGAGCAGGAGAUGAUGGAAAACCUCUUUGAUGCUCUGUGUUCCUGCCUCAUGUUGCCAGCCAAUCGGGACCGCUUUCUCAGAGGGGAAGGGCUUCAGCUAAUGAAUCUCAUGCUUAGAGAAAAGAAAAUGUCUCGUACCAGUGCUCUGAAGGUCCUGGACCAUGGGAUGAUUGGACCAGAGGGAGCAGAUAAUUGCCACAAGUUUGUAGACAUCCUGGGCUUAAGAACCAUCUUUCCACUUUUCAUGAAAACCCCCAAGAAGAUGAAGAAAAGUGGUGCUUCAGAGAAAGAACAUGAAGAACACAUCUGCUCCAUCAUUGCCUCUAUGCUGAGAAAUCUCAAGUCCCAACAGAGAAGCAGACUCCUCAACAAGUUCACAGAGAAUGACUGUGAGAAGGUUGAUCGACUGAUGGAGUUGCAUUUUAAGUACCUGGAGGCUGUUCAGCAGGCUGACAAGAGGAUCGAAGGAGAGAAACAUGAGAUGGUUCGUCGCGGGGAGAUCCUAGAUGACAGCAUGGAUGAUGAGUUCUAUCUUCGCCGUCUGGACGCUGGACUAUUCGUCCUUCAGUUGAUCUGCUACAUUAUGGUGGAGAUCAGCAACUCAGGGAUAUCACAGCUUCAGCAGAGGGUCCAUCAAAUUCUCAACCUAAGAGGAGGCUCAGUCAAAGUAGUGCGCCACAUUAUGAGAGGAAAAAGAGGCAGUGGUGAGCCUUCUUGACCAGGUUGGAGGUUAGUCAUCCAGGG